UUCUGGUGGCGGACGUUGCGCGUUGUAGUCCCAAGCAGUCAGGCGGCGGCUGGAGCAGUCAGUGGAGGAGAGAGAACCAAACUACAACAGCCAAAGAGACACCUCGGUCGCCUGCAGUUCCGAUGUCUCGUGACCUUGAUGAAAACGAGCUGCUGGAGUUGUUGUUUCAGCAGCAGCCUGGUUUACUUCCAAGUGAGGAGCUCAAUGAUGGGAUUGAGUUAUUGAAGGAUUGGGGUCUGUGUGAGCAUGAUAUGCUGAAUGACCACAACACAGUGGAUUUCUUCAACUCCAUCAUUAGUUCUCUUGAAGAUGAGACUGCGAUCCCAAUGUCCUUGUCUCCACCAGGCAGUGACAGUGGAAUAUCUGAAGAUAACAACAACUGUACCCAUGAGGAUAGCCCAUCAGGCAGCGAUGUCGCACUCUCUGAAAGUUUGUCGUUUUUUGAAGUUGUAAAUUCUGAUCAUAACUACUCGCUUACCCAGAACUCACAGCGUGAUGUCAAUUGUUUGUACAGUGUAAAAACUGAGACACCUUCAAUGGAAAGGGACAUCGCAAUUGUUUUAGACUGGGAGCCUGAAUUUUUGACUGAAAAUCCUCAAGUUGUUCAUGUGGAGAAAAGUGCUGGCCUUGUAGCCCUCACCAUUGAAGACCUCCAACAACACAGUAAAACAAAUCAACUUUGCUUUGAUGAACUGGUUCUGACUGAUGAAGAAAAAAGGCUUCUAUCCAAAGACGGAGUGCAGCUGCCAACUUGUCUUCCCCUGACAAAGUCAGAAGAACGAGCAUUGAAAAGAAUCAGAAGGAAGAUUCGGAACAAACAGUCUGCUCAAGAAAGUCGCAAGAAGAAGAGGAAUUACAUUGAUGGACUGGAGAGUAGGGUUGUAGCAUGCACUGUCCAAAACCAAGAAUUGCAGAGGAAGGUGCAACAUCUUGAGAGUCAAAAUAUGUCUCUAAUUGAACAACUGAGGAAGCUGCAAGCAUUGGUCAAACAAACCACUACCAAAACUGCUAACAUCAGUACCUGCAUAAUGGUCUUUCUACUGUCAUUUACACUUAUAAUUUUCCCAAGUAUCAACCCAUUUGGUGGAAAACUAAAAUCCCAGGAAGAGUCAUAUAGUGUAGUUUCCAGGAGUUUACUUGAAAGUAAGUCAUCCCAUCCACGCUUGGUGCCAAGCGCCCAUAAUCGAGAUGCUGAUCAGGAGAAUCGUGGAUUAGAUCAGGAGGCUCCUGAAUUGUUAAUGUCAACAAGUCUGAACCGCACACCCGAGGCUUCAGAGUUGGGAAAGGCAGAAUCCACUUCAACUUUAAAUAGCAACUCCUCUUCAGAUGUGGGUGGAGUAGUAAAACCGGAUGUCCAGGGCGAAGUAAGCCUAGCUCCCCAAAGCAAAGAGGACGACUAUAGCAUUUCAUCGUCACCAGUGAAUAAGCCAAACUGGACAGAGCACACUGCAACAGUGAUAAUAAAAACACAUCCAAGGUCCGAUGAAAUGUAACUGAUAUACAGGAAGUUUCCUGCCUAUGAAUCAUGAAUUGAACAUCACAUGUUUUUUUGAUAUUGCAGAGCUAUGCAACCACAUAUACUUUCCAUUGCUUGGGUACUGUAUAGGUUUGUAGUUUGAGGUUUUAUUUUCUUUCGUUGGUAAAAGAGGUCUGGUGUUACAUGUGGAAGUGGAUUGUUGUAAAGUAUUCAUUUUUCUACAAUUUCAUAACGUAUAUUCAAAUUUUUUUGCAUUGGGAAACAAAAAAUCAUAUUAGAGGCUCCAAUAAUUCAACACUCCAGAAUCAGCGUGGAUUUAAAAGUUUGUCUAAUUUUUGCUGAGCACUGUUCAAAUGUAACGACUUCUCUAUAUAAUACUCCCUGGAAUUUUCCCCUUCGCGUUCUUCUGAAAUUUUUUUUUUUCCAAAAUCAAUAGUUAGUGGAUUGUUUGAAGGGUCUGAUUGCCUUUUUUGUGUACAACUCUGAUGCAUGUCCCAAUACUUCUGUACCACGUCUCCUCCUAACUCAUUCUGGGACUGAGACCCACUGAUGUAUUUGUAGCAAAUUGUUACAGCUGGGAAUUUAGACUUGUUUGAAACUUAUCCACAUAAUAUAAUUUGUUUUCUUUCAUCCUUCGUAUUUGGGCCUUUUUUGUUAUUUCUCUUCCCUGUUUGACUUGGAUCCUGAGAAAUCAAGAAGGUGUGAGUCCAGAAAUGGCUUUCUCCCUUUCAUUGAGACGUUUUUCACCUUGCUUUCAUGUGCUCUGAUGACCGAUGGUCUAUUUUGUUUUGGCAUCUAAAAUUCUUUCUCUUUGUAGCACCGUUUGUUUUCCAAUGAUAGUUCCAACCUGUAUUGAAAAGCAAGGGCACAUUUAUACUAACUAGUGAAUAGGUGGUUAAUUGAUUAGGGAAGUAAUAACAAGAGUAAUACAUUCUUCUCCUCAAUGCUGUUCUACCAUUCAUACAACUUAUUUCUGAUGAAUAUUGGGACUCCAUUUACCUGUCUUAGUACCAUAGUUUAUUACAGAUACUUAAAUCUCUGCCACUGUUUUCAGAUUUGCAAUUGACAUUGCUUCAAGAGCCUUUUAGGGUAGAUUUCUACUUCCUUAAGUGUGAACACUCCGUCUCCUGCCGGCUGUUGUAAUUGUUGUCUUAACAGAAAGGGGAGUUGCUUGUAAUUUUAAAGUGUUUUAUGUAGUCUCAUUGCGAUGGUAGAGUUUAUGUGGGCCUUCAAAUUACAGCUUCUUAAUUUGGAUGCACUUUAAAGUUUCAGUUGCCUACAGCUGAAGAUCUUGCUUGACAUUCUCCGCUAAUGAAUAAUGGAAGAAUAACACAGCUGGCAGUCUUCAAUACUGCAAUGUAUCUUCAAUACUUCAAAAUGUCCAUAUUCUUAUUGACUGACACAUCUCCAAUCCUUGUUUUUCCCCACUGCACCAAAAGCUGCUCAUCAGACAGCUUUGUAACUGAAUAUUAUUAACUCUUUUUUUCCCCCUUUCAUUAACUUUUAAUACAGCAAGAUUAGCAAAAUAAUUUUUCAAGUUGCAGAGUUAUCAGGUGGUUAGUUGCACAGAGUGUAGGACAAAACUAUUGUGGGAUGUAUUUAGAUUUGGAAGAGAUCGGGAUGUUGUAACUGAUAAUACCCAUAUUUGUAGAAGUAUCAAGCUCAACCCCCCCCCCCCCCCCCCACCUCCCCAAAAUCACAGGACAGAAAUGGUUUGGGAGGGCUAUACCUUCAUUGGUUGAAAGAGUUGAGCAUGUGCAGAUAUAAAGGAAAUAUUCAAAGCAUCCGACCUAAAUCCUUGAUGGCAGCUAUUCAAUAUGUAGAUACAUGAAUAACUACUAAACCUGACGUUUAUAUAUGAUGCUGUAUACAAAUGCACCAUACUGGCAUUGGAAUACUGAAUUUUCAAAGGCUUAUUGAAUCGCCACUGAUUAAAUAGAAGCAGUAAAUGGCUCAAUAUCUUAACCAGGUAUUCAAUGUCUGCCUGUUAGAAAGUGAUGUUAUAGCAGUCUUGUCACCAGUUGGACAAGGUUCUUUAAUAUUUUACAUGUAGCAUUUUAAUUAUUGAUUAUGAAAUUAUAGCUAUUUCAUGUCACUCCAUGCUUCCCAUUCCGACACCGGAUAGUGUAGCACUUUAAACUGCUUGAAUGUUGCAUAAUAUUAACUAUUACAUGUCGAAAUGUAUGUAGACAUCGUGGAAUGUCAUUGGUCGAAUUAAAAAGAUCAUUUAUCCUUCUCUUGUUUAUCUGGUUUUCUGUUCAACGUUGUAAACUAAUUGGCAUUUUGGACUUUGCGUAGCCCUACUGUACUGACACUUUGCUACAGUUGUAUUAAUACCUGCCUGUAAACUUUAUUCAGCCAACUAUAUACUGACAUUUGAAACACACUUGCGUGGUACACUGGUUCCCCCAGUUGGUGAGACUCGCAUAUACGUAUGUGUGUGUAUAAACUGAAAUAUAUAUAUUUUCUGAUCAUA